CUUUGAGGGACUGAAAUGCCAAAACCACCCGCCCCCUCAGAGGAAAACUUUGAACUACUUCCAUUUCUCCGUGACAUCCCUCCUGAACACAACUGGCGAAGCUAAUAUCUCCUUUCUUCAAUCAAAGACUUCCCUAAAAGAAGCAGCCACGACAGGAUGACUUCGCGUUUUCGUUCUCUGUUCGGUCAGUCUGAUCAGGCGCAAGUCCGCCACCAAGAAGUGCGCGCCCUUGUGUUAGACAAAAUGAGGAAAACCUUCGAAGACAUCGCCAGCCAUGACGCCACGUGGAUCGAGCCUGAUAUGCAGGGAAUUCUGGGAGUCAUAUGUGAGGAGAUGCACGUCUCGCAAGAGGGAUUCCAUGAGGAUAAGUUCGUCCCACUAUUCUUUGAACCUCUUGGAACGUCCAACAUCCCGCCUCUUGAUCUUAGCGAUCUUCAGACCAAAGACAUACUCAAGAGAAUCACCAGAAUGUGGGACAAACCCCCUCCGUGGCCACCGACAGUGACCGAUCAGCUUCAGAAGCUAGUAUACGCUAUUGAAAACACUUUCUGUGUAUCCAGUCGCGUCUACGAUAAAGAGUAUGGAUGGUCUAAUACACUGUCGCAUUACGCAAAAUGGGUCGAAUGUGGGGACAUUACGCCGGAGCUCGUCGCCGAAGAAUUUGAUCGCCCGGUUUGGGGACCACGUGGAUCGAUGCCAUAUCUCGGUUAUAGAGCUAGGAAUCAGCUCAACAUGCCCCACACCCUGCUCGCAACGCUAACACGAUCUGAAGCGAAUGAGAAGCUUUCGAGGUCGGAGGCUUUAACCAUUUUGACGGUCAUGUUAACUAGGCUGAAGAGUGGCGAUUUUCCCAACCGCACUGUCAUACCUAUAAUGUUGAUAAGUGUCUUCGCCGGAUUCCAGGUCAGGGUUCUAGAGGCCCACUACGAUAUUAGGGGGCUCGUCAUUCGAAAGUCUAAAUUCCUAAGCUUCGCGAACCGAGACGCAGCGAUUCCGAACAUGGAUAUCUUGAUGAGUUUCAUGUGUUCCGAAAUGAUUGGGAACACAAGGGAUUUGAGAAUCCUGACCAAAGUGGACCCUCAGAGACCAUUGCAGUGACUUGACUGGCAAACUAACAGUUCAGCUAUAGCCGGAAACGGAAGUCCCCCAUUCCCGGGGCGAUAGUUGUAUAAUGGAUGACAGAGCUGUAUUGGGAUAAGACUAUCCUAUUCAUUGUAUCCAAGAGUUAUAAUUAAUGCGAUGCGCCGGUCCUUCGACUCUCCAGCGUGACGCUUAGCGGUCCCACUUCAUUACAAGGAAGCUUAUCGGCCUGAUAGCAGCGACCUUUUGCUAAAGCCGAAUCAACCUCCUACGUCCUCUGCAUUCGGCGAAGGGACAGCUUAUAAUGAUAAGGCGAACUUAUGGCGAGGGGCACUGGAUCUCCUACUUCUUCGCAUUUUGCAAGAUUCGAAUGAUAU